UUAGUUAUUUUAUUUGCUUUCACUUUUAUUUUGUUAAGCGCUUAAAGUUAACAAAACAAAAGUUGUCAAAACACGGAACCGAUGACAACACGAUAUUGAAAGCCACUACUACUGUAAUAGUCAUAAAAAUUUUGUUUUAAACAGUGAAUGUAUAAUAAACAGUGCAAUUUGUGGGAUCUUAUUUGGAGACUAAUAAAAUUGAUUAGUAUUUAAGUGCCGAUCGGUUGCAGAUAUGGAGUCAGCACACACUAAGUCAUGGCGGACUAGUCAUCGGGAAGUGGUUGACUUGCAGUAUAUGCAGUCCGAAACCAAAUCAGAUAUGUCUAUCGAUCAGGUCAUCAACUAUCAAGAAAAGUAUAGCUCAAGCGGUACGAGUAGUCCAAAGUUUGACUCCCGACCUACGAGUCCGGGCGGCUCUUUUCUGCCCCACCCGCCUAUGUUUAAAGUCAAGCUCAAGGAUACCGAACUAUUGAUCGGAACGACUAUCAGAUUUGAGUUAGUCGUGCGGGGAAUGCCUGUCCCUACGGUUACUUUUUAUAAAGACGAUGAAGUGCUCAAAGAAGACAAACGUAUGAAAGUGUUGUUUGAAUCUAAAGAAGUAUUUGAAUUAGUGAUCGAACACAUCACUGAAGCCGACGCCGGAGUCUAUAAAUGUGUGGCCAUUAAUAGCGAAGGAAAAGAUGAGACUUCCGGCACUAUUACUGUCUCCCAGGACAAAGAUGUCUUUCCCGGCAUUGAAGACGACGACUAUUCAAAAUCGGAUUCAAUGAGUCCUAGGUCUCGGUCACCGGUGUUCAAGUGGUUCAAAGACGGCAAAGAGUUUGAGGCGAGCGAACGCUUUCAGGUCCAGUUCGACGAAGAAGAGGAUACCGUAACCCUUGUCUUCCAACACGUGAAACCCGACGACGCAAGUAUGUAUACCUGCGCCGCAUCGACCAGUAGUGGCAAGAUAUCAUGCAGUGCUGAAUUGACUGUUCAGGGCAGAGAUCCCAUUCCCCCUACCAUUAAGCUUGCCAUGAGUGAUGUCGAGGUCAGUGAAGGCGCCAGUGCUAUGUUAGAGGCAAAGGUGAUGGCGUAUCCCCGGCCAACCAUAAGAUGGUUUAAAGGCAGUCAAUUGAUUGAGAGCUCAGAAAGAUAUAAAUAUCUUUAUGAAGACGAAGAAAGUUAUACACUUGUUGUCAAAAAUACCCGAAAAGAUGACGAAGGAGUCUAUCGUCUUGAGGCUGUCAAUGAAAUGGGUCGGACAGAUACCAGUGCUAAACUUAUUGUAAAUGUGUCGCCAAAGUUUAAAAAACAAAUGAAAGAACAGUCAGUUAUGACUGACGAGUGUCUUAACAUUGAAGUAGAAGUGGAGGCAAAUCCAAUGCCUGAUAUCAAGUGGUUUAAAGACGGACAACAAAUUAGAGAAACAAAAAAUAUUAAAAUAUUAAACGAAAAAUUAAAUGUUUAUAAUUUAGUGAUCGAAAGAGUGAGAAUUGAAGACUCUGGCAGUUACUCAUGUGUUGCCAGCAAUGAAUUGGGACAACAAACCACUUAUAAUGUCGUUACAGUUAAUGCUCCGCCCGUUUUUAAAACAAAACUACAAAAUAUGGAAGUAUUAGAAGGACAGAGAGCAGAACUAACGGUUCAUAUUAAUGGUAAUCCUAAGCCUAACAUAAAGUUUACUAAAGAUGAAAAAGAGUUCAAAAAACAGGACUUAAAUGUUGAGAUAAUUGACGAUCAAAACGGUUGUUACAAAUUAGUUAUCAAUGAAAGCAAUUUAAAUGAUUCGGGAAAAUACAAAUGUAUUGCAACUAAUGAUUGGGGAGAAGAGUCAUCUGAGGCACAGAUUACCAUCAAAAAGAAGACAUCGAAACCUAAUUUUAUCAAAAAGUUAAGAGACUGUGAGGCAAAAGAAGGUGAUCAACACAUGGAAUUCAAUGUGAAAGUGGAUGGUAUGCCUAAACCAGAAAUUAAAUGGUAUCGCGAAGGACUUGAGAUCAAAGAAAGAGACGGAUAUAAGUAUGUGAUCGAUGAGACCAACCAAAGCUAUUCAUUGAUUAUUAUUAAAGUGGACUCAGAAAGUGCCGGUACUUACAAAUGUGAGGCAUCUAAUAGUGAGGGAUCGGCACAAACCAGUGGUCUCUUAACAGUCAACACUCCGCCACAGUUUAUUAAAAAACUUGACAACAUAUCUGUCGAUGAAACUCAAGACUGCAAACUUGAGGUCAAAGUAAUUGGUUGUCCCACGCCUUCAGUCAAUUGGUUCAAAGGCGAGACACGCAUUGAAACUCGAGACAAACGACUCAAAUAUGAAGAGAUAUCUAAUGAGUACACAUUAUCUUUGAAAGGUGUAACCAAAGAGGAUGAGUCCGAGUAUAAAAUUAUUGCCGAAAAUGUUUUCGGCAAAUGCGAAACCAAAGCAAAAGUGACUGUCGUCUCUAAGACCACUAAACCGAUGUUCACUAAAAAAUUAAUUGAUAAGGAAGUGAUGGAAAAUGAGACUAAUAUUGAGUUUUAUGUGAAAACUAAUUCACAAUCAAUUAAACCAACUAUUGAUUGGUAUAUUGAUGGACAAGAAAUCAAAAAGAAAGAUAUAAGAUAUGAGAUCAUCGACGAUGAAGACAAUGAUUCUUAUAGAUUACGGAUUAAAUCGGCAAACGACGACUCAGUUGGUCGUUAUAAAUGUGUGGCCAGCAAUUCAUUGGGAAGUGAUGAUACCAGUGCUGAGUUCACUAUUGUUAAGAAACCAAAAUUUGUGAAAAACUUGGACGACACCGAUGUUUUAGCCAAUGAAACGAUUGUUCUUGAAGUGAUUGUCUCCGGUUGUCCUGCGCCUGAAGUCAUGUGGUUUAAGGACGAGAAAAAAGUAAACACAACGGAUCGCAUUAAACUUGAAUCACACGAAGAAGUCUAUCAAUUGAAGAUAAACAAUGCCAGUCUUGACGACACCGGUGUCUACAAAUGCCGCGCAAAGAAUAAAUCAGCCGAAACAGAGUCCAAGUCAGCCAAAGUUAAUGUUACCGAACCCGACACAUCAGAACCGCCAGUAUUUGUCAAACAUAUUGCAGACUCAGAAGUUGUUAUCGGGGAUGCCGUCAGAUUUGAGGCCAAAAUUGAUGGCAAACCGACUCCUGAAGUACUUUGGACUAAGAAUGGCGUCGAACUUAAACCAAAUAAUAAUAUUAAAAUUAGACAAACGGAAGAUAAAACAUACGAAUUAAUAAUUAAAGAUUUGGCUGUUGAAGACACGGGAGAUAUUGUAUGCAAAGCGCAAAAUACUAAAGGAGUGGCCACUGAUAGGGCCCGACUUAAAGUACAAGAACCCGAAUCGCCAACAAUAGUCAGUUUUGCCGAUCUCGCCGUUGUUGAGGAAAGUCCGGCCAAAUUGGAGGCCAAGAUUACGGGAAUACCUAAGCCUAUAGUGAGUUGGUAUAAGGAUAGCAAACCGGUUGACGAAGCGCUGGCUUUUAGUGAACCCGAAAACAAUUUAUAUUGGCUUCAGUUUAACUCUGUUACCGACGAGUUGUGUGGAAAGUAUGUGUGCAACGCAUCCAACAUCGCUGGAGAGGCUCAGACAUCGGCCGAACUGUCUGUUAGCGGUUCGCGACCAAAAUUUUUGCGUGAAUUGGAAGACACCAUAACUAUGAGUCUUGAGAAAGAAAAAGGAAAAUUAGUUUUGGGACAAAAUGCUGUCUUUGAAGCAGAGAUUGUGGGAAAUCCGAUCCCCAAAGUCUCGUGGAUUAAAGAUGGUGUUGCUAUGGUUCCAAAUGACAGGAUUACCAUCAAUAGUGUCGACAAUCUGUACACAUGUGAGAUCAAGAGUGUGGCGCGCAAUGAUGUGGCACAGUAUGUGUGCAAAGCUGUCAAUCCUCACGGAGAGGUCAAAAGUGUGUGUCUCUUAAAAUUUCAGGACACACCGCACGCACCGAUAGUUAAGAAAGAAUUACCAAAAACUGUUGCCGUCGAAGAAGGAACACAACUAUGUCUUCUGGCACAACUUGAUGGCGAACCCAUACCAUCGACACAAUGGUUCAAAAAUGGCAAACCAAUUGCACAGUUGGAUGACAUCAAAAUCACUGAUCGAUCAGAUGGUACAACAUCUUUGAUUGUCGAAAAAGUCACGCCUGAGUACGCCGGAGAAUAUUCUGUUAAAGCAAAGAAUCUUAAGGGGGAAAUCACAACAUCUACGGUAGUAUCAGUAGAACCACCAAAAAGAAAGCCAUCGUUUGAUAAAGAAUUACCAAAACAAAUAGAUUUGGAAGAAAAACAACCGUUAACUCUAUCGGUCAAAGUUGACGGUCAUCCCACACCUGAAGUCAAGUGGACUAAAGAUGGCAGUCCUUUAAGGACAUCAAAUAAUGUUAUUAUUGAACAAAAACCCGACGGAACACAAACAUUGAAGAUAAUUGAGGCCAAACCAGAAGAUACCGGAUCUUAUAGCUUAAGGGCUACUAAUAUCAGCGGACAAAUCAGUUGUUCGACGGCUGUUAAAGUGAGUCCACAACAAAUAGCUCCGGUAUUACAGAAAAAAUUGUCCAAAAAGAAGAGCAUUGAAGCCGGAGAACCAAUUGAAUUGGUGGCCAAACUUAGUGGAGAACCGAUUCCUGACGUCAAAUGGCUUAAGAAUGGAGUUGAAGUCAAAGAGUCGGAUGGAUUUAAAAUUGAUACCAAACCCGAUGGAACCGUUUCUCUUAAGAAACAGAUAUCAGAAACAAAAGACAGUGGAAAUUACGAAUUGGUUGCCAGCAAUUCAUUGGGCAAAAUAUCUUCUGCCACUGCAGUCGAUGUAAAGCCUGUCCAAAACGAACAGGUAUUCAUUGAUAAACUUCCUGAGAAAGUCAAUGCUGUCGAAGGACAGCCACUGUUAUUAUCGGCUAAAUUACAGGGAAGUCAUAAAGUCGAGUGGACUAAGGAUGGAAAACCAUUGAAACCAUCAGAGUAUCUGAAAGUUGUGACUAAAGAUGACGGAACUAUUGCUAUUAGCAUUGAGACGGCAAAACCUCAGCAUUCAGGACAGUAUGCAGUGAUAAUAAAGACACCAAAAGGUGAUAUGAUCUCAUCGAGUGAUGUCAACGUCAUCAGUGGUGAUUCAAGAGCACCUAAACUUGAAUCGCUUUUCCCGAAGAUAGUCGAUGUUAUUGAAGGAAAACCAUUAAUACUGAAAACAAAAGUCGAUGGACAACCAUUGAAUAAAAUUGUUUGGCUUAAAGAUGACAUUCCCAUCAAAGAAACCGAUGGCUGUAAAGUAGAUGUCCAGACCGACGGAACAAUUGUCUUAAACAUUGAUAAAGCGAAAGCACAGGAUUCGGGUAGAUAUACAUUAAUAGUAGAGAAUGCAUUGGGAGAAGUGAGGGCCGGGACUAAUGUAGACGUCCAGAAGGGACCGAUCAUUGCCGAAAAAUUGCCCGAAAAAGUUGAAGUGAUAAUUGGGGAACCAUUGAAACUAAUUGCUAAAGUUGAUGGUCAACCUCUUCCAAAAGUUGAAUGGGCUAAGGAUGGAGUCGUUGUUAAACAAGGAGACGGAGUCAAACUUGAGACACAAACUAACGGAACAGUAGCUCUUAAUAUAGAUAAGACUAAGACUGAAGAUUCAGGUGCUUACGCAUUGAUAGUCAAAUCAUCGACUGGUGAUAUAGUAUCGUCAACCAAAGUGGAUGUCCAAAAGGGGCCCAUAAUUUUAGACAAAUUGCCCGAAUAUGUCGAUAUCAUAGUAGGAAAGGCAUUGAAAUUGGCCACAAAAAUAGUGGCCGACUCUAAACCAGAAGUUAAGUGGACUAAAGACGGAGUUCCCAUCCAAGAGAGUGAAAAUAUUAAGUUUGAGACAAAACCUGACGGCACAUCUGAGCUUAUCAUACAAAAUGCUCAGCCUUUAGAUACUGGAAAAUAUGCCGUUAUUGCCACCACACCAACCGGUUUAGCAGUUUCUGGCAGUGAUGUUGACGUACAGUUUGGUCCCAUUUUUAUGGAUCAGUUACCCGAAUCACUAAACAUCGUUGAGGGAAAACCAGUCAAUCUGUUUGCCAGAGUUGAAGGAAAUCCUAUGCCUGAUGUCAAUUGGACUAAAGAUGGCGUCGAUAUAAAGCCAAGUGAUUCGGUUAUUAUUAAGUUGAAACCCGACGGCGCCGUAUCUCUAGUCAUUGAAUCUUCAAAAUUAGAACACACGGGAAAGUAUGCUUUGAUAGCCAAAAAUCCGGUCGGAAACGCCGUUUCCAUAACCGAUGUUAGUGUAGAAAAAGGUCCCAUAAUUAAAGAUAUAUUACCACAAUUUGUGAAUAUAUCUGAAGGACAACCACUAAUAUUAGUGGCCCGAUCUGAGGGAACGCCAAUUAAAGAGAUAAAAUGGACUAAAAAUGGUGUUCCAAUCAAACCAAGCGAUGCCGUCAAAGUUGAGACAACACCGUCUGGUAAUAUGACUUUGACUAUAGAUAAAGCACAGGUAGCCGAUGCCGGUAAAUAUGAACUUAUGGUCAAAACGCCAACACAAGAGCUAAAAACAACAACUGAUGUCAAUAUUGUCAAAAGUGAAGCCAAAAGUCCAGAACUUAAAACUCAAUUCUCAGAAACCAUUGAUGCUAUUGAAGGCAAACCUCUGAUACUUACUGCUAAAGUGGACGGAGAGCCGACACCAGAAGUAAAGUGGCAUAAAGAUGGUGUUCCCAUUCAGGAGAGCGAUAAUAUAAAAAUUGUAUCGUCACCCGAUGGAACCGUUACACUAAGUGUCAACGAUAGCCAUACAAGUGAUUCUGGAGUCUAUAGUGUUGUCGCAGAAAAUGCAUUCGGAGAGACAAAAGCUGCUACAGAUGUGAUGGUACAAAAGGGACCGGUAUUUACUGAAAAAUUGACCAAAUCUAAGACUGUAGUGGUCGGUCACCCACUUGUUUUAACGGCUAAAGUUGAAGGACAGCCAACACCUCAAAUUCAAUGGACUAAAGAUGGAGUUCCAAUCAAAGCUAAGGAAGGCAUUAAAAUUGAGACUAAACCCGACGGAACUGUUGAAUUAAGUGUAGAUAAGGCUAAACAACAGGAUAGCGGUGAGUAUGUAGUGAUCGCCAAAACGUCAUCCGGAGAUAUUUCUUCGUCAUCAAAAGUGGACGUACAAAAGGGACCCAUCAUUGUUGACAAACUUCCCGAUUAUUUGGAUGUCAUAGUAGGAAAACCAUUGCAUUUAUCUGCAAAAAUAGACGGAGUUCCUCAACCUAUCAUCAAAUGGACUAAAGAUGGCAAUCGCAUUGAACAAUCAGAAAUCGUGAAAAUGGAGUCCAAACCGGACGGAACCGUUAGCUUAGAUAUCGAUUGCGCCCAAAGCGGCGAUUUGGGUAAAUAUGCUGUUAUUGUGAAGAAUAAUGUCGGAGAAUCCGUAUCCGAGUGCGAUGUCGAUGUCCAAUACGGACCAAUUAUUAUGGAUAAACUACCCGAUACUUUGAAUGUAUGUGAAGGAAAUCCGUUUGAAUUGAUUGCAAAAGUCGACGGAAAUCCAAUGCCUGAAACAAUUUGGACUAAGGAUGGCUUACCUGUCGAACCAAUGGAAGGCAUUGUCAUUAAAUCAAAGCCCGACGGAACUGUCGCUCUAUGUAUUGAUUGCGCGCAAAAUGAUGACACGGGUCGGUACGGCAUUAUAGCCAGAAGUCCGAGCGGUGAAGUCGUGUCCAAGAGUAAUGUUAAUGUAGAAAAAGGUCCGAUUGUUAAACAAAAGUUACCACAAUUUGUCAAUAUUAAUGAAGAACAACCACUAAUAUUAAAAGCCAGAAUUGAGGGCAAACCUAUCGAUGAAGUCUUUUGGACAAAGGAUGACAAUCCUAUUAAAGCGUCCGAUAGAGUCAAACUAGAGACCAAACCGAACGGUGAGAUAUGUCUGACCAUUGAUAACGCAAAAACGUCGGACACCGGAAAGUAUGCACUUAUUGUUAAAACACCGGAUAAAGAUCUUAAGACUGUCAGCGACAUCAAUGUUGUCAAACUUGACGAAAAGAGACCACAGAUUGUUUCCAAAUUCCCUGAUAAUGUAGAUGUAGUUGAAGGCAAACCAUUUGAUCUGAAGGCAAACAUCGGCGGCCAACCGAAACCAGUUGUUCAAUGGCUUAAAGAUGGUAUUCCUCUCAAAGCAAGUGAUCACAUAAAGUUUGAGACAAAACCUGAUGGAUCAGUAGCUCUUCAUAUUGAAAAUUCUAGACCAGAAGAUUCCGGUAAAUAUACUCUAAUAGCAGACAAUCCGUUGGGCGAAAUGAGAGCCUCCACUGAUGUGGACGUCCAGAAGGGUCCCGUCAUUUCGGAAAAAUUACCGGAAUGUGUGGAUGUAGUGGUUGGCAAACCAUUGUUACUUAAAGCCAAAAUAGAAGGCGAACCCAAACCAGAAAUUGCUUGGACUAAGGAUGGAAUUCCUGUUAAAGAAGUGGACGGAUUGAUUAUUGAGAACUUUCCCGACGGAACAGUUGAAUUAACCAUCGAGAAGACUAAACCGGAAAACACGGGUCAAUACACACUAAUAGCCAAAUCACCUACAGGUGAAGUCAACUCAGUCAGCAAUGUUGAUGUCUUGAAAGGACCAAUAGUUUUGGUCAAACUUCCAGAAAAUAUUGAUGUAAUUGGAGGAAAGCCACUCAAUUUGACUGCCAAAGUGGACGCACAACAGUCGCCAUUAGUUAAGUGGACUAAGGAUGGCAUUCGUGUUGUACCCGAUGAUCACAUUCACAUCACUUCCAAACCUGACGGCACCGUUACGUUAGAUAUAGAUUGCGCUCAAUUGAGUGAUACCGCAAAAUAUGCUGUUAUUGCCAAAACACGUGAUGGCGAAGACAUGUCGUCCAGCAAUGUGUUUGUCACAAAAGGACCAGUUAUUGUCCAGGCGUUACCCGAAUCUAUUACUAUUGUUGAAGGAAAACCGCUGAAUCUAAUAGCAAAAUUUGAUGGACAGCCAAUACCUGAAACCCAAUGGUUUAAAGAUAAUAGAGCCAUAAAACCUGGAAAUGGUAUCGAGAUUAAGACCAAAUCAGACGGAACCACUUCUCUAAGCAUCGUUAGCGCUCAAGAGAAGCAUUCGGGCGAAUACGCGGUAAUCGCAAAAUCUCCGUCGGGAGAAACCAUGUCAUUGUCUAAUAUUGAGGUUAAAAAAGGACCCGUUUUUACACAGAAGCUGCCUGAAGCUGUACGGGUUGUAACUGGGAAACCAGUUAAAUUAGUGGCAAAAAUUGACGGACUUCCUCAACAACAGCCAAUACCACCAAUUAUUAAUUGGGUUAAAGAUGGUUAUCCGGUUAGGUUUACCGAGAAAAUCAAAUUUGACGCCAAACCUAAUGGUUUACUAUCGCUAAACAUUUGCUCUGCUCUGCCAAAGGAUUCCGGCAAAUAUACAGUGAUCGCCAAAACACCAGAAGGAGAGAUCAAAUCUGUUUCAUUGAUAACUGUUAAAAAUCCUCCGAUUUUUGUCGACUCAUUACCAAAAACAUUGGAUGUAGUUUCAGGAAAGCCGUUUUUACUGACCGCUAAAUUUCAAAGCGAUACCAUACCUGAAAUUGUAUGGACUAAAGAUGGAAUUCCUCUUAAACCAAAAGAAGGAAUAACCAUUCGAACCAAACCCGACGGUACAGUAAGUCUUGAAAUAAGUGACUCUCAAAUAGCCGACAGCGGACAAUAUGCUGUAAUGGCUACAAAUGAUACCGGAGAAGCCAAGAGCUCAUGUGAUGUAUUCGUACAAAAAGGUCUUAUAAUUGUUGAUAAUUUGCCGCAUUCUGUCACUGUAUGCGAAGGAAAACCAUUGACUCUAAGUACCAAAAUUGAUGGCAAACCACUGCCUGAAGUCACGUGGAUUAAGGAUGGAAUGCCUAUUAAAGAAUCUGAAGGCAUUGAGAUGAGAUCCAAACCGGACGGCACUUACUUAUUAACUAUUGCUUCGACAAAACCAAGUGAUUCGGGAGAGUAUGUAAUGAUUGCCAGAAUUCCCAAUGAAGAAGUGGUAGCUGUCACUAACGUAAGUGUAGAAAAAGGACCCGUUCUUAGAGAGAGACUUCCCGAAAGAGUUCACGUCAUCGAAGGAAAACCAUUGAUAUUAACGGCUAAAAUUGAAAGCGAAGGACCGGUUGAAAAAAUCAUUUGGACUAAAGAUGGAGUACCUCUUAAGGCUAACAAUGACAUGAAGUUUAAGAUAAGACCGGACGGCAGUAUUUGCUUGAAAAUUGAGUCCUCAAAACUAUCGGACGCAGGAAAGUAUGCCGUUUUUGCAAAAUCUGGUAACAAAGGUGUUGGUUCCAUGAGUAUGGUCACCGUUGAAAAGGCUCCCGAAGAGGCUGAAGGCGAAUCACCAGAAGAUGUUGAUGCAAAUGAUUUCAAAGAAAAACUUCCCAAAUCUUUAACUGUCACAGAGGGAAGUCCAUUAAAAUUAGUGGCAAAAAUUGCGCGAAAAGGUGAUCGCUUACCACCGUUCAAGUGGGUUAAGGAUGGCGUCGAAGUUGAAGACACCACACGAGUGGUCCGAGAAUCGACACCAAACGGAACCGUUUCUCUCAAAAUUGAAAACUCAUUGCUAACCGACGCCGGAAACUAUAUACUGACUUUCAAAACACCUGAUGGCGACAAAACCACUACAGUUAAGGUUCACGUGAAUCCCAAAACAACUGUAAAUAAGCCGGUAUUCAUCAAAGGCUUGAUACGAGUCAACGUUGACGAAGGAAAGUCGUGUAGACUUGAAUGUAAAGUUUCGGGAGAUAUGGAUUCAGUCAAAUGGUUUAAAGAUGGCCAACAAAUUACGCCAAACGAACACUUCGGGUUUGUUAAAGAAUCGGACGGAACUAUUGCUCUGCUUAUAGAUGUCGUCAAAUCGGAUGAUUCGGCAGAAUAUUCAGUUGAAGUGACAAACAAGAGUGGAAAGGCUGACACCACCGGUACUCUUAAAGUUAUUGCCAAACCAAAGGAAAAACCGACGUUUAUUGAAGAAUUAAAACCAAUAAUAGCCAAUGAGAGACAAUCGUUGAUAUUAAAAGCUAUCUAUAAGUCAGAUCUUCCGGUGACAAUCAAAUGGAUGAAAGAUGGCUUCGAUCUAAAGGCAGACAACAGAAUCAAAAUAAGUGACUCAUCCGACGGAACCGUUACUCUAACCAUUGAAUCGGCAAAACUUGCUGAUAGUGGCAAAUACUCUGUUUCUGUGGUUAAUGAUGAGGGAAGAGCUCGAAGUAAUGGUACCGUCACUGUUGGCACAGGAGAUGUAAACAAACCUAUAAUAUCUGAUGGCUUACAGUCCGUCACGUUUAUGGCUGGAGAACCCGGAAAGUUGUCAGUCAGAGUCACUGGAGAACCAGUGCCUGACAUCAGAUUUAUUAAAGAUGGUCAACAAGUUAUACCUAAUGACAGAGUGCACAUCAAAGGACAACCAUUUGGUCGAACAGAACUUGUCUUCGAUGAAGUCAGACCUGAAGAUGAGGGCAAUUAUAUUGUUGUCGCCGCAAAUGAAUGCGGAGAAGACAGAAGCAGCGCUCCUGUAGUUGUCAACAGACCGCCCAAAUUUGAUAAACCAUUAUCCGAUACGACUGGCAUUGAAGGCUAUCCGGUAAAACUGGAAACCAAAUUAGAUGGCAGACCGGAACCUGACAUCAAAUGGACUAAAAAUGGACAAACAUUGAAACCGGACGACACUCAUAUCAAACUGUUUACUGGAAACGAUGGCAUUCAUACCAUAUUAUUUGAUAACUGUUCUGCCAAUGAUUCUGGAACUUAUGGUGCAAUUGCUGGCAAUGAAUUUGGAGAAACCGAAACAUCAGCUGUACUUACAGUUAAAUCCAAAAGUCAAGACAUGGGACCCGAAUGUGCGCCCAUUUUCAUUGGUUCACUUCAAGAUGUUGUUGCAUACGAAGGACAGACUAUUGAUUUGUUUGCCGAAAUUAAUGCAAAUCCCAUCCCAGAUAUUAAAUGGUAUUUCAAUGGUCAAGAGAUUACUGCUUCAGAUCAGAUAAUUAUGUCUUUCGAUGGAAAGAGAGCUCAAUUAAGAAUAACCAGAUGUAAAGCACAGCAUAAGGGCGUCUAUGAGUUAAAAGUGACCAAUAGUUUAGGUGAGACCUCAUCUAAAGCCAGUGCCAAUGUGUUGGGCAAAAGUGCGCCAAAGUUUAUCGAAAAGUUUACCGACGCUGAGGUCGGGUUAACGGAGCCGACAAAAUUGGUUUGUCGUGUAAUUGGAUUUCCCGAACCAGAUAUUGAUUGGUAUUGCAAUGGAAAUCUUAUUGAACCGGGACUUCAUUACAGUAUUAUCCGUGAAGGAGAAGUUUGUUCAUUAGUGGUCAUCCGUGCAAAUGAUAAGAUGACCGGUGUUUACGAGUGCAGAGCUAGCAAUAUGUUGGGUUCAGACAACUGUAAAGCAAACAUUAAAUUCAUAGAUACUGAAGCUAAAGGAGAAGCGGCCUCUUUCCUCAAGAAAUUAGGUGAUUAUGAAGUCCGAGAAGGAAAGACAGCCCGAUUCACAGCGUGUGUCACGGGAUCACCAAAACCGGAGAUUAAAUGGUUUAAGGAUGGCACCGAAUUUGAUCCACUGACCAAAGUUUCAAAAUACAGCGUCGAAUAUCUGAGGAAUGGUUUGAUCCGAUUCGAGAUACGUUCGGUGGAGGCGUCGGAUUUGGGUGAAUACCGGUGCCAUGCGAUGAACGUUCACGGCUACGACAACUCUAUGGCACAGUUGAAGUUCGAGUCAAUGGAUGAUAAACAUAGGAGACGAUCGUCAGCUGACAAACUAAGUGAUAAAUUUAAGAAACAAGGAGUACCGGUGCCACUACCCGAUAGGCCUCGGAUUAUUAGGAUGACCGACAAUGAUGUGACCCUAUCGUGGUUGCCAUCGGUUCCAAUUCAACCCAGAAUUCCCGUCACUUAUAUAAUAGAGUUCUGUAGGAUUCCUGACGGAGAGUGGAUUGCUUACAGAACAGGAAUUCAAGACAAUCAGUGCACAGUUGACGGUAUGAGUCCCGGAGUUGACUAUAGUUUUAGGACACGAGUUGAAAAUAAAUUCGGAAUAAGCGAUCCGUCGCCCGCUGUUACCGCCUAUAGGAGUAAAUUGCGUCCGUCCAGUGCUAUCGGCGACAGAAAGCCCAGAGAUUUUGAUUUGGACCACCCGGCCAAAGAUAAAAACGAAAUUGCGCCAAUAUUUUUGGGUGAAGAUCUGGAGUUGACUAUUUAUGGGAUUCGCGGCGAACCCGUUACUCUGGAGUUCUAUGUCUACGCACAUCCCGAUGCAACCAUUGUCUGGCAAUACGAGGGAAACAAUCUUCAGACCGGAAUGAGUACUAGAUAUGAGACAUUGCAGGACAGGGCCGGUCAAAACUGCCUGUUCCUGUCCCAAAUGACCGAAGCCGAUGUGGGCUGGUAUACAUGUAUAGCUACCAAUGUUCACGGAAAGGAUACGAGAAAAAUUAAACUGUUGUUAUCCGAGGCACCGGUAUUUACCAAAAGAUUUGAUGAGACAACUGCUCUGUCGCGAAGACACGCCCGCUUUGAGUGUACUGUUGUGGGAAUACCUGAGCCAACUGUUCGCUGGUUUAAAGAUUGGCAACCAAUGCAUGAAUCCGAUCGCAUCAAAAUUUUAUGGGAGUCACCGGACAGAUCAACCCUUUUUAUUAACGGUGCCAUUGUUAAGGAUGCCGGUCUCUACUCAUGUUUGGCCACUAAUAUUGCGGGUCACGCCUCGGUCUCUGCUAUGCUCUAUAUUGAAGAAUCUGAACUCGAAUACGAUAAAUACACUUUCGGUUACAAUAAAUUUGUAAAACCAAAAACCAAACCGUUUGAAACUUACUACGAUAUCGGAGACGAGUUGGGUCGCGGAACUCAGGGAAUCACUUAUCAUUCGGUUGAAAGAUCUACCGGAAAGAGUUUCGCCUCCAAAAUGAUGCACUCGAGGGGUCAGAUGAAAGAGCAUAUGAUGUCUGAGUUGGAAGUGUUUAAUCAAUUGGGAUUUCAUCCGAAAAUUUUGCGACUAUGGGAUGCUUUUCAGGCCACAACCAAUUCAUUAACAUUAGUCACGGAUCUGUGCGGUGGAGGGGAACUCCUAAAAUCUAUUGUACAAAAAGGAUCGUUAACUGAGAAUGAAGUCGCGUAUUAUAUCCGACAGAUUCUUGAAGGACUGGAUUACUUGCACUUUAAAAAUAUCGCACACUUUGGGCUCAAUAUUGGCGACAUAUUAUUGGAAAGAGUCAACGGAUCCGACAUAAAGAUUGCUGACUUUGGUUUGGCUCAGAGAUUGAUUCCCGGACUUAAACACAUUGUCGAGUUUGGUCAUCCAGAGUUUGUGGCGCCAGAGAUACUGGAAAAACAAUCUGCCAGUUAUGAGGCUGAUGUGUGGUCAGCGGGAAUCAUAACGUAUCUCUUAUUGACGGGUAUCUCACCAUUUUUGGGUGACAAUGAUAGGGCAACGUUACAGCACUUAAAGUUGGGGAACAUUGACUUCUCAUUACUUACGGAAGCAUCUCCCGAAGCCACUGAUUUUAUUCAGAAACUGCUCGAACGCGACCAAUACAAGAGGUUUAGUGUCAAACAAGCCCUUCAACACCCAUGGCUUAGAUUAGCGGAUAGACCGGGAAAUGGCAAUCAAUUGAAGUGUAUCGACAAUUUAAGACAAUAUUACAAAAGAUAUAGAAAUUGGUAUACAAACGCUUCGUGUAAAACCCAUUACCGACGGCGAGCAUUGCACUCAUGUUUCACACAUCCGAGUCGUAUGAUUUAUCCGCCCGAUGAACAAUACACACCACCUCCCAGUCCUGAACGAGAAACUGAACGAACUAAGUUCAAGCCAUCACAGUUUGAUGAGACAUACAAACAAAGAAUCUCCAGAGAAGCAGUUGAUGCCCAGUCAGAGAGUCAGUACCAGACGGGACCCGAUACUUAUCUGCUUCAGUUGCGUGACUCAGAUUUUGCCACAAGAAUCAGACAAUAUCUUCGAGUGGGAGCCUCCCGGAGCCCCAGUCUUGCUGCCAGUCUUAGGGAAUCUCAUUGGGGGGACAGAAAUGGAAGUGCUUACAAACCUGUUUCUGUACGCGAGAGAAGAAAAUUUACAGAUAUUAUGGAUGAAGAAAUCGGAGAAGAAAAGAAAGGACUCGAGACUCGAUCCAAACCAAUGCGUUUGGUUAGAGAAAUAGGAACUUCUGGUUACGCUUACGGACAGUUACAUCAUCUGAAGAAAGAGGCCUUUGGAAAGGUUUCGCAAGAUUUGGCCACAAAGGGUGCCAUCACUAACCUUCCGUUUUUCAGAGAAAAACUCAAAGAUAUUACAAUUAAAGAGAACGAAGACGUUGUGUUCAGUUGUUUGGCUGUUGGAACUCCUACUCCCGUUUAUACCUGGUUUAGAAACGACGGUAUUCUCAUUGAGAGCAGUCGUAUUGAAGUUAAACGAACUGAAGACGGUAGGUGUGAGCUGAGAAUCAAACCGGCCCGAGCUUAUGAUAUCGGACAAUACAAAUGUGUGGCCAGAAAUGAGGCGGGAGCUGUCGUUUGUAGGGCUAGACUCAAACUUGGCGACAGUCCGGGAGUACCGGAUCCACCAGAAAUCAAGAGUGGUUCAAAUAAAGAGAUAUAUCUGUGUUGGAGUUCACCAAAACAGGAUGGAAAUAGUCAUAUAUUAUGUUAUAGAUUAGAGUACAAGAAAGUGGAUGACCAGAGAUGGACAGUCGUUGCCGACAAUAUAAUGCAUGAAUUUUAUAUUAUGCGAGACUUAGAGCCGGAAACGACUUAUUGUUUCAGAAUUAGUGCCAAAAAUAGGUUCGGAUGGAGUGCUGCCAGUCUGACCAGCGAAGAGGCAAAGACUCAAUCAAAUGAAGGCGCGGAACGACUACUUGUGCCCAGAGCUCGCAUCAACAGACAAACAAUCACUGAAGACGUGGGAAGGGUUAUCGUCGAAGACAGACCAACGACACCUACUAUUGAUUAUAAUAAAGAAUUAAAUCCGAUUCCAUUGACAGAAGCAGAACAUAAUAAUCUUUAUGAUUUUAUAGCAGAGAUAUCUCGAGGAAGGUUUUCAGUGAUCAACAAUACUCGACUCAAAGACAUUAACAAAACAUUAGUCUCUAAAGCAGUGCUCACACAAAGUGAAACCGAAUCGGGAAUUAAUAACGAAUACGAAAUUAUGAAGACAUUGGCCAACGAAAGGAUAGCUGAACUGUAUUAUGCAAGUCGUGGACAAAGUAUUUAUGCUCUCGUAAUGGAAAAGCUGUCCGGCAUUGAUGUCCUCACUUACCUCUCGCAGCGACAAAAAUAUAACGAAGAAAUUGUUUCCAAAAUCAUUAUUCAAGUUCUCGAUGGCAUUGAAUACUUGCACUUCAGAGGCAUUUGCAUUCUUGAACUACAACCGGAUAAUGUAGUUAUGAUUGAUCAGCGAAGGCAUGACAUCAAACUGGUUGACUUCGCCAAUGCCAGACAUGUGCCCAUUGCUGGCACUCGUGUUUCCAUCAAUGCUUCGCCUGAAUUUGUCGCACCGGAACUUAUUAAGAACGAAGAGGUGACCAAUUCGGCCGACAUCUGGUGCGUCGGUGUCUUGACUUAUAUCCUUUUGAGCGGUUUUUCGCCAUUCCGUGGUUCGUCGGACAACGAAACAGCACAGAACGUAGUGUAUGUCCGCUAUCUCUUCGACCAUCUCUACCCUGAGAUCACUCAGGAAGCCAUUCGUUUUCUUUUAACAGUUUUCAAACUCACACCACACAAACGCCCGACAAUAGAGGAAUGCUCUGACCAUAAAUGGCUUCUUCCCAAUGAAUUCAUGGUUAAGAAGAGAGAAAACGCUAUCUUUUCGUCGCAUAAAUUGACUGAAUUUGCCGAUCAAUUCCACUCACAGAAGUCGAGCUCAACUCCUGCCAGACUGUUAAACCUUUGUAGCGGUUCUCUGGACAGGUCGGUCUCAUUACAAAACGAUACAUUUGACGAAUUAUAACAUUAGAUUUCAUACCAACAAAAAAAAAGACUCAAUAUUUUGUGAUAUAACUAAAUAUUGAAACAUUUGGU